AUGCAAGUUUCCAAGUCAAGAAGAUCAUUUUAUCUCCAAGUGUUAGUUCUCGCUGCGCGCAGAACGAAGCUUCGGAAGUUUGGCCGCGCGCGGAGGAGUUCCCGACGUCCAAAAGUUACGAUCUUGAUAUGGAAAGAUAGAUACUUGAGUCAUGCAUCACGUCGAAGUGGAAUGAAGCCAUUUGGAUCAACUAUGAGGCCUAGACUUAUUUUCUACCGAGACAUGUCCGGUAAGCGAGUAAACGAAGCCCAUGGAGGAUUUGGAGUGUCUAAUGGCCCGAGCAGCAGCGCCAAAGGCCUUGAUCGAAUAGAGAAGAGGCCUGGCUAA